AUGUUUUAUCCUUCCGAAUUGCUGCAGCGCUCUGGGCCGCUCGCCCACGUCUGGCUUGCGGCCAAUGCUGAGAAGAAGCUCACCAAGCAGCAAGUUCUGCAGGACAAGAUUGAGCAAGACAUCAACGAGAUCAUGCGCCCUCAGGCACCUUUCUCGCUGCGCCUGAGUGGUUCAUUGAUGUUUGGCGUGGUGCGCAUCUACAGCAGAAAGGCGCGCUAUCUGCUAGAUGAUUGCACCGACGCGCUUUGGAGAAUCAAGAUGGCAUUCAAGCCUGGAAACAUCGAUUUGCCCGCUAACUCUCAUGUUGCGAACCCCGCGGCACUUAUGCUGGCCGAUGCUAUCACCGACAUUGACCUCCUUGCGCCAAUGCCUGACCCCUCAUUGCUACUGUCUCAGUCUCUGGACUUACAGAACCUGGGUCUUCCCAACCUCGGUGCCGAUUGGGAUAUGGACAGCAGUCAAUUCCUUUCUGGCAGCAUCGAACAACCCCGACGCGCAGAACCGGAGAUCUUGGACGAUUCUGACGACUUGGGCUUGGAUCUUGGAGAAGACUUCGACGUCCCCCUUCCAUUGGAUGAAGGCACCAGUAUCGAAAUAGGGCGUGACGCGCCGGCUGCGCGACCUUUGGAAGAAGAGUUUGGAACCGAACUUGGAGGAAAAGGAGCCGAGUUGGAAGAGCCCGAAGAUCUUGGACUUGAUAUGGGCGACGACCUUACCGAAAUACCUGGCCGACCCGACAUUACCAUCACGGACACGGACGUUCCUAUGGGCGGCAUGACUGAGUUGGGCGAUUUUGAUGAACCAAUUAUCCCAGAAGAGGAGCCGGCGCGCGAGCGCUCAGCGUCGCCCCUUUCAGAACUUGGUGAAGAUGAAGAACGCGCCCUAGAACAGGAGGUGAGCGUUUUCCAACCUGCAGCCGAGCAGGAGGAAGAGGAAGAGCAGCACCAAGCCCGCGCCAAACGACGAAGGGUCAUCCAGCAAGACGCUCAGACGCAGCUGUCUACCACGGAAAUUCGUGAACAACAGAACAACCGCGAGCAAAUCCUCAAACCUGCUUCAUUCUUACCCCGCGAUCCGCUCCUGAUGGCUCUCAUGAACAUGCAAAAAUCAGGCGGCUUUGUGUCCAGCAUUCUUGGAGAUGGCCGAAGCCAAGGUUGGGCGCCAGAGCUCCGAGGCAUCCUCUCGCUGGAGGUCGUGUCUCGUCCUGCGCAAAAGCGAAAGCGUGAUAGUGGUGUCGCCGCUACCGCCGACGAAGGACGUGCAUCUGCUGAGCCGACACCUCAGCUGGAGUUCGAAGAGGAUCAGCUUAUUGUUGAAGAAGGGGACGGACUUGGUGGCGACAUUUCCAUUCGUGAAGAUGAGGAGCAUAUCCAACUGCCUGAGGACGAGCCCGGUUUCAUUCCUCAAGAAGAAGAGGAGGACGUAUUCUCUCCCAUCCCGGACAACUUUGAUGAUACAACGGCUCCUAUCCUCCAUCCUGCAGAUAGCGGUGUUGUAUCCCUAGAGACCAAGCACGCUGUCCACCUUCUACGACAAGUCUUUGGCGACGCGGCCGAGACGAGUGAGGAAGAACGCAGGAACACAGCCCCCGACAUCGCCCGCAUGUUCAACGAGAUCCUCGUCCUUGGCACAAAAGACGCCAUCAAAGUUGAGCAGCAGACCACCGACAACGAGCUCGGCGGACCCAUCCGCAUCCGUGCCAAGCGCGGCCUCUGGGGCUCAUGGGCAGAGACCGAUGUCUCCGGCGCCGAGGCCAUCAAGUCGGCGGCCGCAGCAGAGGCUGGACCUUCUGUUAGAGACGACACUCAGACGACUGCUACGUCUGCAGCACCUAUCCCUUCGGCUGAGAUCGCUGUAGAAGCAUAG